AUGCUCUUGAUGUUUCCUCUUCUUUUCGUUUUCCACGUCGUCAAUCUCACAAGUGUUCUCGUUUUUUUCUUCUUCUCUCUCUUUCAUUUUCCGUCAUCCGUUCCCGCAGAUGCGGCCACCUCUGUGACGGCAUCUCCCAGCCUUGCUACCCCCGCCAACGACGAUGCCCCAGGAUGCAGGCGUUGCAAGAAUUCCUACACCAAAGACAAUGUCGCUGCGGAAGCGCCUGAUUUUUACCCCUUCACGUCACUCCCACCGACUCCGGUCUUCCCGUCGCACACAGCCAUGGCGCUCUUCCUCCAAUCCUACGCUCGCAUGCUGCAGCACGUCCAAACCGCCACGUCGGGCGUCGCUCGCGUUGACCCCGUUGACGGCGUUGACCACAGCCAGGACGCCCUCGUCUCCGGCGAAUCCCUCGCCGCCGCUGGCGUGACGAUGCUGAAAAGUGUUCGUGUGGGGCUCCGCGCGCUGCUGCACCACCCGCAGCACGGCGUGGUGGGGGGCCGGGGGGGGGCGUGGUGCGCCAGGAAGGAGCGCGCGGAGCAGUGCCUCGCGGAGCUGGAGUGCGAUAUUGCCACCAUUCGCUCUGCGCAUGAGCGCCCGCCCCGUGCCACUACGCUCGCGCUUGCGACUAUUCACUGCAUCGACGCUGCUCGGAUCAUCAUCAGACUUCGUUAUUUUUUUCGGAAUCUCGCCGCCAUGGCUUCCAAGGAAGCCGACGCGCGGCUCGCGUACAUGACGAAGCGCGAGUCGGAGAUCCGCCUUCCGCGGGCGACGCGCGUGAAGAACAAAACUCCCGCGCCGGUCCAGAUCACCGCGGAGCAAAUCCUCCGCGAGGCGCGCGAGCGGCAGGAGGUAGAAACCGCGGCGCCGAAGCAGAAAAUCACCGACGUGCAGGAGCUCGGGGAGUACCGAUUAAGGAAGCGCAAGGAGUUUGAAGAUUUGAUUCGGCGGGUUCGGUGGAACACGAGCGUAUGGGUCAAAUACGCCACGUGGGAGAUGAGCCAGAAGGACUUCGCGCGCGCGCGAUCCGUGUGGGAGCGCGCGCUGGAGGUGGACUAUAGGAACGUGUCCAUAUGGCUGAAAUACGCGGACAUGGAGAUGCGCAACCGCUUUGUCAACCAUGCACGGAACGUGUGGGACCGCGCGGUGUCGCUGCUGCCUCGCAUUGACCAGCUUUGGUACAAGUACAUACACAUGGAGGAGAUGUUGGGGAACGUGGCAGGGGCGCGACAGGUGCUGGAGAGGUGGAUGAAAUGGGAACCCGACCACCACGGCUGGUCCGCCUACAUCAAAUUCGAGCUUCGAUACGGCGAGAUUGCGCGCGCUCGGGCCGUGUUCGAACGUUACACCAUGUGCAUUCCAACGGUGAAAGCGUGGAUCCGUUUCGCGAAAUUUGAGGUGAAGCAAGGGGAGAUUUCGCGCGCCCGGGAGGUCUACGAGCGGGCAGUUGAAAUUCUCGGCGAGGACGGGCAGAACGAGGAACUUUUCGUCGCGUUUGCGGAGUUUGAGGAGCGGAUAUGCAAAGAGACCGAGCGGGCGAGGGCGAUUUACAAAUAUGCCCUCGACCACGUUCCGAAAGCCCAGGCCGAAUCCCUGUAUAAAAAAUUCGUGGUUUUCGAGAAGCAGCACGGGGAUCGGGCAGGGAUAGAGGAUGUGGUGGUGGGGAAGAGGAGGUUUGAGUAUGAGGAGGAGGUGAAGAGGAAUCCGCGGAACUACGACGCGUGGUUUGACUAUGUGAGGUUGGAGGAGAGCGUGGGGGAGGCGGAGCGGGUGCGGGAGGUGUAUGAACGGGCGAUCGCGAAUGUCCCGCCGGCGGAUGAGAAGCGCUUUUGGCAACGAUACAUCUACCUCUGGAUCAACUACGCUCUGUAUGAGGAGCUGGAGGCGGGGGACAUGGAGAGGACGAGGGAGGUGUAUCGGGAGUGCCUGAAGCUGUUUCCACAUGGCAAGUUCUCAUUCGCGAAGAUCUGGCUGCUCGCCGCCCAGUUUGAGAUCCGCCAGAAGCGCCUCUCCGCCGCCCGGCAGAUCCUGGGCCACGCGAUUGGCGUGGCUCCUAAGGAUAAGAUCUUCAAAGCGUACAUUGAGAUGGAAUUGCAGCUGGGCAACAUCGACCGCUGCCGCAUGCUGUACGAGAAGUACCUCCAAUGGCAGCCCGCCAGCUGUCCCGCGUGGGCCAAGUUUGCUGAGCUGGAGCGCAGCCUGGGGGAGACGGAGCGGGCGCGGGCGGUUUACGAGCUGGCGAUAGGGCAACCCUUGCUUGAUACUCCUGAGCUGCUGUGGAAGGCAUACAUUGACUUUGAGAUUGCGGAGGGCGAGAGCGAGCGCACAAGGCAGCUGUAUGAGCGCCUGCUGGAGAGGACCAAGCAUGUCAAGGUGUGGAUGAGCUACGGGCAGUUUGAGGCACAGGUGGCUGUUGAAGAGGAGAUCAAGGCGGAGGAGGAGGGCAGAGAGGCGGACGAGCUGGUGCUGGCAGAGCAGUGCAAGGAUCGGGUUACCAGGGCCAGAGAGGUGUACGAGCGGGCGUUUGAGCACAUGAGGACGAACGCCGCCGACCAGAAGGAGGAGCGGGUGAUGCUGCUGGAGGCGUGGCGGGAGAUGGAGCGGGCGGCGGGCGUGAAUGGCGACCCGGGAUUGGUCGAGAAGAAGAUGCCACGUCGCGUGAAGAGGAAGCGGCCAAUCACCACGGAGGAUGGCACUCCUGCUGGGUUCGAGGAGUAUUACGACUACAUCUUCCCUGAUGAGGCAGCUAACCAACCUAAUCUCAAGAUCCUGGAGGCUGCUUAUAAGUGGAAGAGGCAAAAGCUCACUAUGGGGGAUGAGGAGGAAGGGCAGCAGGAAAGUGGAGUGGAGAGGGAUGAAGGGGGAAGUGGAGGGUUGAUAGACAAUAAGGAGGAGGAUGACUAG